AAUGAAAYUAAUUUGUCUAGUAUCAUUAUUGAUUUUGGGCACURUAUCAUGUUUGUCCAUUGAUGAUGCUGAAGUACAGGAACAAUGGGAAUUGUUCAAGCAACAAUACCGAUCGGACACCAAUAGCUAUCUGAGCGUUGAUCAGGAAAAAUACAGGCGUUCAGUAUUUACGGAAACUUACCGUAAAAUUACCAAACAUAACUUGGAAGCUGAACAAGGCCUGCAUACCUAUACUAUGGGUGUAAAUCAAUUUUCCGAUAUGACCCAGGAGGAAUUUCUCGCUAAAUAUACUACACCAAACCUGCAGUCGAUUGACAUCCAGAAACUGCGUCCGACAAUUGUAAACCAGUCGGUAUCGGUACCCGAUUCGCAUGAUUGGCGCAGUCAGGGUAAAGUGGGACCGGUCAAAAAUCAAGGCGGUUGUGGUUCAUGUUGGGCAUUUGCUUCGGUAGCCAUUUUUGAAUCUCGUUUGGCCAUUAAACGUGGGGGUUUCCGAUCGCUAUCGGAACAGGAGAUUAUCGACUGUACCUCAGGCUAUGACUGCCAACACGGCGGUAACAUACAGAUGGCCACCGAUACUCUGCGGCGAUUGGGCGGUAUCGAAGGCGACAGUGAUUAUCCGUAUAUUAGCGGCGGCGGCGGUAAAGGCCAGUGUCACUAUGACGGUGGCCGUCGGGUAGCAUCGGUCGGUACGAAUCUGGCCUAUUUGCAGGGCGAAGAACAAAUGAAAUGGUCGACCUUUACGAACGGUCCCGUUUACGUACACAUAAUGGCCAAYGGUAAUUUCCAAAGUUAUCGAGGGGGUGUCUACGCUGAUGGUAGUUGUAAUCAGCCGAUCAAUCAUGCGGUUACUAUUGUCGGCUACGGGCCGGGCUAUUGGUUGGUCAAAAAUUCGUGGGGCGGCGGCUGGGGUGAGGGCGGUUACAUACGUAUGGCUUUUGGACAGAAUAUGUGCCGUAUCAGUGAAUCGCCCAUUUGGACCGAUGAUAUUAACUAGGUUAUUUUAACUAGUUAAUUAAUUAGUUAAUUAACAAAAUUUUUCAACUAGUUAAUUAAUAAAAUUUUAGCUUGAUAUUUUAUUUAAAAAAAAUAAACAUGCAUGUUUAU